AUGUUACGGGGCACUUCUGUCUCCAUCAAGAAUUCGGUGCAAGCAGCCAGAAGAACAUCUAAUCGAACUUCAUCUGUAUACUCAGGCUCAGUCAGACACCUACGUGCCCUACAUAUCACAAGACAUGAAAAGCCGUCGCCCAGAGAAAUACAAACAACAAUAGAGUGUGAAAGACGAGUACUCAACCCAGAGCGAUCAGAAACGUCAAAAUCAGGUACGGACAAUGAAGUUGCCGGUUAUAGUUCCUCAUAUGAUCCAUCCGAAACGACUCCCGAAAACGAGCUAAAGGUCCUGGAGAACGAAUGCCGGACUGUGGGUAUCAUAAACCCAUUAUUCAUUAGUCCGGCAAACAAAGAUUUCAGUACAUUGCUGGAUCCGAUGGUGGGAGGAUCAGUUCAUAACGCUGAUAAAUUGGGUGUCAGUGGGCGGGGGUGGACAAGGAAAGGUAAAGAGGUCCAUGUUCAGAAUGUCUCAGGGAACCCGUAUGGUCGUUAUCAAAAGCUUCUAGAAAGCUUGAAGAAGUCCAAAAGGUUUGACAGAUAG